UCUCUAACCAUGAUAAAAGUUAUAGCACAUAUCUACUUCACUGUUUCUUUUCUACUGAGUCACCAACUCGGUCGCGGUGAGUCAAUCAGUAUCUUCUUCCUCACGAGCAAGGAGUUAACUCACCAUUUUCACUUCGUCUUCCUCCCUCUCCAACAGAAGCUCAAGAUUGAAAGGUAGGAAGAAAAAUGGUGUUUGGUCAAGUAGUAGUUGGUCCUCCUGGCUCUGGAAAAACAACAUACUGUAAUGGCAUGUCUCAGUUCCUCAAUCUAAUUGGAAGGAAGGUUGCUAUUGUCAACUUGGAUCCAGCUAAUGAUUCAUUACCAUAUGACUGUGCUGUGAACAUUGAGGAUCUUGUGAAACUUAGUGAUGUCAUGAUAGAACAUUCUCUUGGUCCCAAUGGAGGUCUUGUAUACUGUAUGGAUUAUCUAGAGAAAAAUAUUGACUGGUUGGAAGAAAAACUGAAACCUCUUCUGAAAGAUCAUUACUUACUCUUUGAUUUUCCUGGCCAAGUGGAACUAUUUUUUCUUCAUUCAAAUGCCAAGAAUGUCAUCACGAAACUCAUAAAGAAAUUAAACUUACGGUUAACAGCGGUGCAUUUGGUUGAUGCCCAUCUUUGCAGUGACCCUGGGAAGUACAUCAGUGCAUUGCUUCUAACCUUAUCCACUAUGCUACAUCUAGAACUCCCCCACAUAAAUGUUUUGUCAAAAAUUGAUUUAAUUGAGAGCUAUGGAAAGUUAGCUUUCAACCUUGACUUUUAUACUGAUGUGCAAGACUUGUCGUAUUUGCAACACCAACUCGAUAAAGAUCCUCGCUCUGCUAAGUACAGAAAGCUCACAAAGGAAUUGUGUGAUGUCGUUGAACACUUUAGUCUUGUGAACUUUACAACCUUAGAUAUUCAGGACAAAGAAAGUGUAGGGAAUUUAGUGAAGCUGAUAGACAAAACCAACGGGUACAUAUUUGCUGGCAUAGAUGCAAGUGCAGUUGAGUUUAGCAAGAUUGCUAUGGGAACUACUGACUGGGAUUAUUAUAGAGUUGCAGCAGUGCAAGAGAAGUACAUGAAGGAUGAUGAAAGUAUUGAUGAUGAUUGAUGUGGAAAUGAUGAUUAUUCUCUUGCAGCAUUACAAGUUUCUGUAUUUUUCAUCCUUAUGGUGCUAAAGAUUUUGCGAAGACGGGGAAGCAGCAGAGCUUGUACAACCAUGACUGCAUUAUUAGACUUGACUUUGUACAGAAUCCUGCCUCCUUCUAGUGUAGUUAUAAUUUUUGUUUUUGAGAGCCUUGCAACGUGUCAUGGUUUUGACAAUCAUUUUAUCAACAGUGUAGCACAAGUGUUUUAUUCUUCGAAUUUCGCAAGCAUUUGGUUGGGAAUUUGAUUUUUUGUUGGUGCAUAUGAAAAAAAUAUCUCCCAAGAGAGGUUAACACUUUAAAACGAAUCUCAGGUGUUUUGUAAUAUUAGUUUAUGCUGUUGCUUACA